GGUCAGAGUGCAGACCUGAGAUCACUGCUCACCGACUUCAGACUCCAGUUUAUCUGUGCCCUGGCUUCCUCACUUAGUCUCAGAAGACUUAGGCUGAGGCCCCAGGAGGAGAUCUCCAUCCUUUGCCGGAGCACAACAAGAUGGCCAUGUCCCAGGAAUCAUUGACCUUCAAGGACGUGUUUGUGGACUUCACCCUGGAGGAGUGGCAGCAACUGAACUCUGCCCAGAAGAACCUCUACAGGGAUGUCAUGCUUGAGAACUACAGCCACCUGGUGUCCGUGGGGUAUCUAGUUGCAAAGCCAGAUGUGAUCUUCAGGUUGGGACCAGGAGAAGAGUCCUGGAUGGCAGAUGGAGGGACCCCGGUACGGACCUGUGCAGGUGAGGACAGGCCAGAAGUCUGGCAAGUUGACGAGCAGACAGAUCACUACAAGGAAAGCCAAGACAAACUUCUGUGGCAAGCUGCAUUCACAGUCAAGGAAACACUGAAGGAUGAAAGUGGUCAAGAAUGUAAAAUAUGUAGAAAAAUCGUUUAUCUCAACACAGACUUUGUUUCUGUAAAACAAAGACUCCCUAAAUAUUACUCAUGGGAAAGGUGUUCAAAACAUAAUUUAAACUUUCUUAGUCAAAAUAGAAGCUGUAUAAGAAAGAAAGAUGAUGGAUGUAAGGCAUAUUGGAAAGUAUGCCUCCAUUCUAAUCUUCAUAAAGCUCAACCUGCAGAUAAAUUUUUUGACCCUAAUCAACGAGGGAAAGCCCUCCACCAAAAGCGAGCCCUUAAUAAAAAUCAGAGAAGUCAAACUGGGGAGAAACUCUACAAAUGUACUGAAUGUGGAAAAGUGUUUAUCCAGAAAGCAAACUUAGUUGUACAUCAAAGAACUCACACCGGAGAGAAACCUUAUGAAUGCUGUGAAUGUGCAAAAGCCUUCAGCCAGAAGUCAACCCUCAUAGCACACCAGAGAACUCACACAGGGGAGAAGCCCUAUGAAUGCAGUGAAUGUGGAAAAACCUUUAUCCAAAAGUCAACUCUGAUUAAACAUCAACGAACUCAUACAGGAGAGAAACCAUUUGUAUGUGGCAAAUGUCCAAAAGCCUUUAAGAGUUCAUAUCAUCUUAUUAGACAUGAAAAAACACACAUCAGACAAGCAUUUUAUAAAGGUAUUAGAUGUACUAAGUCCGACCUUAUAUACCAAAGGAUUCACACAAGUAAGAAACCUGAGUGCAGUGAACAUGGGAAAGCCUCUGAUAAGAAGCCCAGUCCCACUAAACAUUGGAGAACUCAUACAAAAGAGAACAUUUAUGAGUGUAGUAAAUGUGGGAAAAGCUUCAGAGGAAAGUCACACCUCUCUCUUCAUCAGAGACUUCAUACAGGAGAGAAACCCUAUGAAUGUAAUAUAUGUGGGAAGACUUUUAGUGGAAAGUCACACCUCUCUGUCCAUCAUAGAACUCAUACAGGAGAGAAACCUUAUGAAUGCAGAAGAUGUGGGAAAGCCUUUGGGGAGAAGUCAACCCUUAUUGUACAUCAGAGAAUGCAUACAGGAGAGAAACCCUAUAAAUGCAACGAAUGUGGGAAAGCCUUUAGUGAGAAGUCACCACUGAUUAAACAUCAGAGAAUUCAUACAGGAGAGAGACCCUAUGAAUGCACUGACUGUAAAAAAGCCUUCAGUAGGAAGUCAACUCUCAUUAAACAUCAGAGAAUUCAUACAGGAGAAAAACCUUACAAAUGUAGUGAAUGUGGGAAGGCCUUCAGUGUGAAAUCAACUCUCAUCGUGCAUCACAGAACUCAUACAGGAGAGAAACCUUAUGAAUGCAGAGACUGUGGGAAAGCAUUCAGUGGGAAGUCAGCUCUCAUUAAACAUCAGAGAAGUCACACAGGAGAUAAAAACCUAUGAUUAUACUUGAGAGUGGGAUAAUUAUACUAGUAGUUAUUUGUCAUUUGACUAUUACUAGUCUCAUUAUUUGUCAAAUAAUCAUGGGGAGUAAUCUUAUAAAUGUCUAGAAUAUUGGAAAUUCUUCAUAUGUUAAUGUUCAUUUAACUUAAUAAAAGGUACAAAAGUAUAAUUCCAGAGGUGUCAAUAAAUGUGAUCAGUUUUUUCACCCAGAAUUCUUCACCCAGGAGUGAAGAACUAUACGUCAUAUAAUUCAAAACGGGCAAAACUGAGUGUAGUUAUGUGGGAAAGCCUUCAGAAAGAAUUUAAAUGGCACUGUUUAUCAGAGUAUUUAUGCUGAGAAAAACUAAGAAUUUAGUGAGCUUAUAAAACCAUGGUAGCCAGGUGUGGUAGGUAGCUCACACCUGUAAUCCUAGCACUUUUGGGAGGCUGAGGUGGGCAGAUCACUUGAGCUCACAAGUUUGAGACCAGCCUGAGCAACAUGGCAAAACUCUGUCUCUACAAAAAACACAAAAGUUAUCUGAGUGUGGUAGUGCAUGCCUGUAGUCCCAGCUGCUCGGGAGGUUGAAGUAGGAGGAUGGCUUGAGCCCGGGAGGCAGAGGUUGCAGUGAACUGAGAUCGUGCCACUGCACUCCAGCCUGGGUGUUAUAGCCAGACCUUGUCAAAUAAAUAAAUACACAAAUAAACCCAUAGUAGAAAUGAGAGGAAUCAUGCUCUAUAUUAUUUUAUUAAUAGAGACAGGGUCUUGCUAUGCUGCCCAGGCUGGUGAACUCCUAGCCUCAACUGAUCCUCCCACCUUUGUCUCCCAAAGCACUCAGAUUAUAGAUAUGAGCCACCACACUUAGCAUAUUCUUUACCAAACAUUUUGUGGAAAAGGUAUAGAGGUGGCAAACAAACAAUUAUAAAUUUAAGAUAUGUUCACUGUGGAGUCGAGUAUGACUAUUUAUUUAGGGACAGUGGCACGAUCUUGGCUCACUGCAGCCUCUGCCUCCUGGGUUCAAGCAAUUCUCCUGCCUCAGCCUCCCAAGUAGCUGGGAUUAAGGCAUCCACCAACACA